GUUAACAGAUGAGAAGUCGGCAUGGAUUUGGACUACAAGACCAUCCUUACAGAGGAGAUAGCUUUGGAAGGACUCGAUGGUAUAACCUUACAAGCACUAUGGGUGAGACUAGAAAACAGGCCCAACUUCAAAAUGAGGCUGGACGAGGAAAGUCAGGAAUUCCUCUGGAGGUGUAUUCUCUCCAUACCUGACCUGGAGUUUUACCGCCUGCCAUCACCCAGAGGAGUCCUCAACCCAAAAUUACAAAUCGUCAUAGACCCAGAAUCUGGAGUAACUGUGGAUUUCGAUAUGGGGGAGGAGUUGUACCCAAUCAAAAUCAUCCAACAAGAGGGCCCUAUCAUUGGCUCCUGUUCCACCUAUGACAGCAGGCAAUGCAUUACCAUGGAGAUCAAAGCAGACAAUUGUGGAACUUGGCCUGCAGCCAAAGAUGUGACCGAGAAGUAUGGGAUGAGUCUGGUGAUGGUGGCCUCCCAGGAGCAGAGGUUUACUGCCUUGUGUGGGGACGAGCUGGAACCCAACAGCCUGUACAGUCUGACACCGGUCAACUUCUGUAUUCUGGAGCGAAUCGGCAGGUCGCGUAGGGUCGGCGAGCUGUCCAUCGGAGAUUCCAGUCUACAGGUGUUCAACAUCCAACCCAAGUCCAUGUUUUACCACACGCUCUGUCUGAUCAAGCUGGGCUUAGUCAAAAAACAGAGCAUCACAGUGUAUAACAAGAAGGGACAGAACUCGCUGCGGCGCUUGUUUCACCUAACCCGAUUUUACCAGCAGUAUCAGUCGAAAUACAGCAUCCUGACCAACAUAGUGGCCACCUAUCUAAACAAACAGCCAAUGAAACGACAGGAAAUCCACAAGAUCAGAGAGCAAUGCGGAAUAGACCAGAAGAGCUUGAAAUGUGAAUUAAAAAUGGUCCGUGUCAUUGAAGUCCUGGAAGAGGAAGAAAGUGACGUGGAAGAUGAUGAAGACAUCAAGAUGGAUGACACUGCCAGAGAUGACACUGUUUUCCCCCAACUGGUAGAGCCAUCGUUUUUGCGGCAGGCCUAUGCAGUGUUAGAGGCAGCGGGAACAGAUGGUGUCUCUAACAGCAAGAUGAUGAGGAGGCUGACGAUUGACGGGCUGGAGGUGCGGAUGAUCAUCCGGACCAUGGAACGCCGCGGCCUCAUCACCUCACUGAUGACAGAGGUCGGCAAACAGAAGAAAAAAGUGAGCGUGUCCAAGACGUACGUGGAGGGGAACAAGCUGAUGAACCAGAUCAACAAAGAGAAGGAGAAACUCAAACAGUCUCUACAGGACAUCAACGACAAACAGAGGGCAACAGCAGAAGCAUCAAAGGCUUCCAAUGAUGUCAAAACUGAAAGUGACAAAACUGAAAGUAAGGCUAAGUCUGCUGGGAAGAAGAAAGGAGGGUCACCUAAGAAGAAAGAGAAAGUUAAAGCCAUUGAGGAGGAAGUUAGUGGCAUCGUCAAUAAUGUUGGGAGACACAACAGACACUUCAAAACCGAUGUCAGUGCCACGUGUCAGCAGAUGAAGAGAAUCAACAUGAUCCUAGACAUUAUCAAGGAGAACAAAAUCGUGGAUGGCGUCUAUCCCAUCGUCAAGUUAAUUCGGGAGAAGGAGCGAGAGGAGAACGCUUACAUGGUGGACAAGAAGACGGUGAUGAGGCUGAUUGCCAUACUGGUCAAGGAGAAGAAAAUCAACAUCAUCAACACCGUGCUGUUGGACGGCAGCAAGCAGAAAAACGUACGUCACAUGAUCUCUCAAACAUAG